AUGGGACCGAUCCCGGCGCUGAUCCCGGUGCUGCUCCUGGGACCGGUCCCGGUGCUGCUCCCGGCGCUGAUCGGCGCCGCAGCCGGGCGGGAAUAUUCAUUACCUUACACGCCACAGUUUGCACAAUGCAGCAAUCCCAGCACUGAAUUCUAUGAUGAAGAACUUAAUAAAUGCUGCAGCCAGUGCCCUCCAGGUCAGUAUAGGACAAGGAGCUGCAGUCACACGAUGGACACCAAGUGCAGCCCCUGCAGACCUAAAACUUACACAGCGAUCUGGAAUCAUUCUCCUCAGUGCUUUGCCUGCUCACCACCCUGCAGGAAAGGGCUUGUACAGAAUCAAACGUGCACUAGGUCCCAGGACAGAAUCUGUAGCUGCCCACCCCACAAGUACUGUGUUUCCAAGCUGGACGAGUACUGCGAACUCUGUAGAACACAUAAAAAAUGUGGCAAAGGCUACCGGGUUUCCAGAAGAGGGACAGACAGCACAGACACAGAAUGCAAACCUUGUCCUCCUGGCACGUUUUCCCCUGAGGAAUCCUACAACACCAGCUGCACACCCCAUACCAUCUGUAAAUCAGUGGCUGUUCCUGGGAACAGCAGGAAUGACACUGUUUGCAGUGACUCAGGAACAGCCACAGCUCUGCCUCACACCAUUUUGAACCUACUUCAGACCCAAAGCUCAGCUUCCCCCAAACCUGAAAUAGUAACUCGAGCUGUCACGUUAAACUCUGUACCUGACCUGUCCCACAUCACUGGAGCAGUAGCAGGGCCACUGUUAUUGGUCUUGAUAAUUGCUAUUUUGGGGUAUUGCUUAGUCUCAAAAAAAAAAGCCCUUGUGUACUCUGCAGCAGCUACAAAAGCAGAUUUGCCUUUUCCCCCUCCAGAAAAACAGUGUGACAAAGAAGUCAGAGAUACAGAAUGGCAGAACUCCAGGAGUUCUCAACAGGAACAACAGCACCUCUUGGAAACUUCUGGGUCCAGCAGUAGUGUCCUAAACACAACUGGAUCUGCAACCAUCAGUGCAAUAAGUAAAAAGAAUUAUGAAAAGAAAAACCUAGGAGGGUUUCAGCAGCAACAUUCACCUCCUGAAGGUCCUAAAUUCCAGAGUGGAGACAGACACAGCUCUGUGAGUUCAGAACAUUCUGGCAGCGGAGGAACGCAGGUGAAUGUGACGUGCAUUGUUAAAUUUUGCAGAGCAGACCGCAGCUCCCAGUGCCCCGAGCAGACUGGUUCAGCUCGCAGGGAUUACGGGCACACGUCCUUUUAUUCCCCAGCAGGGGAUGAAACCCUCCCUUCCAAAGAAGAAAAUGCCUUGAACAAAGAAGCUGAAAUUCACAUUGCAGUGGAAAAUGAGGAAAAUUUACUUCAAGACUUUCUUCCAGAAGAAAAGAAGGUUCCUCUGGGUAUUCAAGAUGCUGGGAUGAAAACCAGUUAAAGGAAAUUACAGGUCAUAUGCUGAUUGACUGAUAAAAGCAAAAGAGGAAAAGAAAAGGAACAACCUCUUCUCUUAUAAAACAAACAUUAUGGUAAAUGUAGCUUUCUUACGGAGAUUUGAAAUUUCAGAUGAAUAUAGACACUGAUGCUUCCAAGGUUUUAAUUGUCUUCUGUCGCUUUGCAGUUUAAAAGAAAAAGCAUUGAAACUUUUUAAAAUUGAAUGGCCAACUCCUCUCUUUCUUCUGUGAUACCCUAAGAGGACCUUUGUCAGACUUGAAAAGGAAUAUUUUUCAAAUAUUUUGAAAAUUUAUGCUAUUAAAUUUUCUCCUGAGA